AUGGCCAUCCUGUACUGCAGCACCAAGGACAGAGCCACUCGAUGGCCGGCGGAUUUCGAAACGGGAACGUCCAAAAGGCCGCCCGGAGAAGGAUUCGCUAGUAAUGCUAACGUCAGCAACGCGGGCCUCGUGGCUAUGAUCGAAGAUUUCGGUUCCUCGUUGACCAAGCUUCAACAGACUGGCGAUGAGCUUUCACCUGCAGUUGCGGCUAUCCAAGAUAACAUCGAUUCUUUCCUUGAGAUGCUAGGGAGUGCUCUUGAAUUAUUUUUUCUAAAUGAGGCUGGCGUUGUGCCCUGCGCCACACGGAAGUGA